CAGACAUAACCAUGGCCCUUGUUCUAUAUCUCCAACAAAAAAAGCUUAUUCUAUACACACCAUAGCAAUUUUGAGAAAUGGUUUACUUCAACAGAGUGAAAGAUCUUCAUUCAUGGAGAUCUCAUUGGAAAGUUUGUGUCAAAGUUCUUCGAAAGUUGAGAAAAAUCGAUGAAAAUGAUAACACAGUAGAACUGAUUUUAUGUGAUGUUUUUGGUGACAAAAUUCAGGGAACGAUUAAAAAGGAUUUGAUCGUCACUUUUUAUGAUAAAAUCAAUGAAAAUACAUGGAUAAUCCUAUCAAAUUUCACCGUCUGCUACAAUGAUUUACGUUUUAAGCUGGCGGACAAUGAAACGGUCAUUGAUAAUUCAGAAGAAGUGAUCUCCAAUAAUCACUUCAUUGAUUAUCAAAGUUUCGACGAGAUUUUACAGGGACGGCAUGUUUUCAGAAAUCUUACGUGUGAUGUGAUGGGUCAAGUUGUGCAUGUUGAACGUCUUAUUCAUGUUGUUGAUCCAGAUGCUGAGAUUCCAUAUAAGAGGACAAGGCUCUUACGAUUUUAUUUAAGGAAUUUAAAUGGACUCGAGAUCGACUGUGUUGCAUAUAAUAAACAUGCUGAUUACUUUGAUGCCAAUUGGUCGCUAGCUGGAGGUAAUGAUGCUACUAUUGUUGUUUUGCGGUUUUGGCGUGCGAAGUACACACUAGGAGGUCCGUCCGAUAGUGGAGCUUUCAGUGGACCUGUGGUUUCAGUGGACCUGUGGUUUCUACAAUUCAUUUUAAUCUUCCACUAGGUAACGACCCGCACGCACUAUAUGCGGGACAAAUCGACUCAAAUAAAAUUAUUACAAGUCAAAUUAUUAUUUAGAAUAAGUUGUCAUAAUAAUAAUUUUACACAUUUUUUUA